AUGAUUCACGAUAAUGACAACAACCAACCAAGAACAGGAACACCUUCAUCAAAACGAAGGUCCUCCUCCUCUAUUAGAUUCAAAUCACCCGUUUCCGAAACUUCUCCUCCGUCAUGUUAUUCCUCUGGGAUGAGUAAUAGUUCCAACAGCAGUUGCGAUUUGGCUAAUAGUGAAAGUGAAACUUCUUUAAAUCAAAUUGGAAUAUAUUUGGCAAAUUCAGGUUCAAUCAUUGAAAAUAAUGACUCUCUAGAACCCAUUUUCAAGAGAGGUAUUGACGUGAUUGAUUUUGUCGCAAGGACUCUUAAUGUUCAUUCCGAUGUGGUGUUAAUCAUUGAUAGAAAUGGAAAGAAACUGAAAAACGACUCCAUGUGCUCGGAAAUGUUUAAAAAUAGUGAUCAGUUAUUUGUGUUUAUCGCCAAGAAUUGGUUAGAUACAACUCUCAAAGAAUGUAUGGAAAUCAAGGAGCAAUCAAAAAAGAGUAUCACCCAUGAUGAACAACGAUUAUUUCAAGAUUUGUUAGAUUGUUGCAUGAAACAAUACGACGCUAUUCAAGCAAUAGUGAAAUAUUUUAAUUCCAUGAAAGACAAGGCUCAAGAAAUCACUGAGACCAUUAAGAAGAGAAUUCCUGAACUAACGAAAAUGAAUCUCUCUAAAUUGAAAAAUAUUUAUGUGAAUAACAAUAUUACAAAUAUGGGACACCCAAAAUCACUUAACGAACAUUUCAAUAAUGUACAAGAGCAAAUGAAAACAUUUAUAGAAAAAUUUAAUCCAAGAUUGGAAGAGUUGAAUAAGAUCUCUUUUGGCAUUUCCUUGAACACAGACAAAAUUGAAAAUUUGUUUUUAGAAAUGACUGCUACACGAGAUGAUCCUGACAAAUGGAUGAACUGUAUCAUAGAGCUGCGAAGUACAUUGAACACUAUACUAAUGUCAGACGUUUAUCAACAAUUUUUGAAUUUAUCCAAACUGAGUCACACUCAGAGUAUUUUAUCCCAUUUUUAUCCUCGAUUUAAGGUAAGUGCUGUGGUGAUCAUUAUUGUUUACAAAAAUUGGACUGAUUUUUUUGACAAGGCGAUGGACCAUAUGGAUGAUAUUUAUAAUUUGACUCUUCUAGAAUUGCAUCAACGAAAUUUAUUUUGUGGAAGACUCCAAACAACCAUUGAUGAGCUGAAUAAACUCAUCAGACAGGAGAAUGAAAGGAGGUCCUCAUUCACAGCCAUGAUCAAAGAUUUUGAAAAAACGCAUGCUUAUCGAUAUCUAUGCUCUCUAGUUCCUCAACUGAGUCAUCGUGUGCAAGAGAUGGAACAACAAUGUAAUCAAACACCAGAUAUUGUACUCUCAGAGUCAGAAUUCAAUUCUACAAUUAUCAAAUAUAACACUCUCUAUGAACAAUAUAGGAUCAAGUACUCAUCUCCAGAAAUGGAGCAAAUAUCAUACUAUUCCAUGCUCACUUUUAAAACGCUAUCCUCGAUUGAACAGAUAAAAUCAAGCAAAGAUAACAUUGACGAGAGCGAGAAAAAGAACUUUGAACAAGAUUACUUGGAGAGCGUGACAGAAAUUCAAAAUCUAACCAUGGAAGUAGAUUCAUUAAAAUCUGAGAUUGAUCGUUUCAAACAUGACAACUACAAACUAGAGUUGGAAAUACGAAACAAACACAAUUUGGAGAUGGAAAUUCAAAAUCUACAAACAAAGAUAACAAGCAUAGAGAAAGAACAAAAUUCUACACUCAAAGAGAAUGAAACUUUAAGGUCCAGUAUUUCAGAUUAUGAAACUCAGUUAAACAUGUUACGAAAACAAAUCUCAACAAUGACAGAGAAGCAAACUUUAAUGGAAGAGCAGUACGAAUCACUCCAAAAUGAACACAAACAUACCAUUGAGAAAUAUCAACAAGUCCUACAAAAAUCCGACAAAUUACAGAACGACUAUGAAGAUGAUACUGAACAAUUGCGCAAACAAAUUUCUGGGUUGCAAAAAGAAAAUUCAAUCCUGAUAGAGAAUGAAUUGCAACUGAAAAAGAAAAUCUCUGACUUGGAAAAUGAAAAUGUAUGUCUCAAAGCGACACAUGAAGAGCAAGAGAAACAACGACAAUCCACAAUUUCCUCACAAGACCAAGAAAUUUCUGACCUUAAAAAGAAAUUACAUUCACUGGAAAAUGAGAAACGUGAGAUGAUUCAGAAUCACAUGACCUCGUCGCAGAUGGAAGAGUCUCAACGUAGUGAGCUUGAAAAAAAAGUUGAAACCUUGAACAAGAAAUUAGAAAGAGCUCAAGGUAACAUUAAAGACUUGACAGAAUCACAUGCAAUGGAAAUGGACUCUAUACGCAAACAGUUAGAGGAUUGUGAACGUUCUCGUCAAGAGAUUGAAUCAAGAAAUGUUAAAUUGGCUCUCGAUUUUCACAAUUUGGCUUCUGAAAUUCAAACCAACAAGGAAGAUCAUUAUUUGAGAGAGGCCAAAACGGUGAGCUAUUUGAGCGUACUUGAUACGUUGCUUGGAGAGUUAAUGGCUUACCUGGUACAUAAUUAUGAUUUGUGUGAGAAGUUGCCAGAUCUUGGAGCUAGAGCAGAAGACAUUAAAUAUUUACAUGACGAGCUGAGAGAAGUAUUGAAAAACUUUAACACUGAAAGUGUUGACUUUAGCGUGGUGAGGAGAAUUGAAGAUGUCAUUAGAUUAAUUGUCAAGGAGUUAGAUCACCCAAACAAAACCAACAACAAUCAACGACUGGUAUAA